AUCUGAUAGGAAACUUGUAUGAAAAACAUUCAAUAAAAUGCAUGGAGGAGGUCCUGCUCAUGCAAGAUUUAGUUCACGUUGGUAAACGGGGAAGUCAGGAUGGUGGAAUUGAUAUCAGAGGUUGGCUAUAUUCGAAUCAUAGGACGGGAAUCCAGGCUCAACCGCAAGAUCGGCCAGUCGAGGCAGACAAACCAAACCAAGCGCAACAGUCAGAGGAUGCUGACCACGGCAAACAAGAGAGAAGGUUUAUCAGGGCGAUUGCUCAGUGCAAAUGUGCACGCGUGGAGUUAAAAAUCGUCAGAGAGUUAGAAGGAUUAGUCGCCACAAGUUCAACUUACAACAACCCAUUGGACUCCAAGCCUACGAUUGGUUUACUCUUCGCUUCACGAGGAUUCACUAGUGCAAGUCUGACUCGAGCCGAAAGAAGCCCGUUCCCUCUGGUUCUCGUCUCGCUUGAUUUACCGCCCACUUUCUUGUCAUUGAGCGAUGUCGAGAGCGAAGGUGUAGACCAGAUGAAUCAUCCGUGCAAGAUCAGUCAUUGUUAUCCAAACCCUGUCGCCGUACGACUCAUUCAUCCGUUCGAAUUCAUUCGUGUAUCCAAAUUGACAUCCGAUGGUUUACCAGCUGAACAAUCCUGGAUCUUAGUUAACCGAACAAUCAACGAAUCAUAGCGGUGUGAGGUGAAUUCCCUUACUAUUGCACCCGAUCAUGCAUUCUAUCAAACUACAUACUUCCAUGAAUUCUUGAUCUUAUGCCAUGAUUAAUACAGCCAGCCAUUGACAAUCUCUAUGCAUGUUUCGCG